AUGAGCGAGACCUUCUUCGUGCUGGGCGGCUACGUGAGUCUCGUGACGCCAUGGGGACAGGUGAAGCUGAAUAAGGGGUUCCUGGAGCAGCUGGCAUUGAGCGUUGCGGUGGUCGUGAUGACGGUGAUGCUCUGGCGGUUCUCUGCGCGAGUCAACGCGACGCUCAAGAAAGAGACUGUUGACAAGGCGUUAAAUGGAGAGGAAGAGAUGGAGGAAGAUGAUGAUGAAGAGGAGGAGAAGCAGGAGAGAGAGGAUGUGAUGUCCGGACCAGAUGAGAAGCGGAUCAAGAGAGGAGAGAACAGCUACUUUUACGCACACGAACACUUGAAAGCGAACGACGACAGGACGACGGUAUCGUCUUACGGCUGGAGUGAUAGCAAGAAAACGAUCCGCAUUUACCUAACGGACGAUGUUGUGAUGAACAUGAAGGAAGAGCAGCUGAAACUCGACUGGACCAAUAUGUCGCUGUCGAUGGAUCUGCUUAAAGCGUCUGGCGGUGAUCGAGCCAAGAGUCUUGUGAUCCAAACUUUGUUUCAGGAGAUCACGGAUGUGACGUGGGAGUCGGAAAAGGAUACGCUGACGAUCGUCUUGACAAAGGCGCAGGAGAUGCCAUGGAGAUCGUUGAAUGGAGCUGCCAAGCACAUGGAGGAUCACAUUGAGUACGAUGAUGCUUUUUACAAUUGA